AUGAAUUCCUCAGCGGUGGUGCUGAACAUUGGUGGGAAAAGGUUCGAAACGACAACCGAUACGUUGCAAUCGGUGGAGAACACGUAUUUUGAUGCGCUAUUGAAACGAUGGAGUGCGAAGAUGAACGAGGAGAUCUUCAUCGAUCGAGAUUCAACACAGUUUCGAUAUAUUCUGAAUUAUUUGCGAACUCGUGAACUCCCGAUUGGAUUGAGUUCGUCGGCGUGGAAUGAGCUAAAAAUCGAGGCUGAGUUCUACAAUUUACCCCAACUGAUCCUCCCCGAACCACCCAUUUCCUCGAGUGACAAUGAGGAUUUGCGUGAAGGAGAUUUGGUUUCCCUGAAGAGUCAAGCUGUUUCCGAGUUCGGUCAUGUACUCGGCUCGUAUCCUCAUGAGAAAUGUCACGAGUGCCGCGAGGAAACUUUGAACAUCAAUUUGUUCAAAGCCAACGACAAGCCACAACCCUUUGAAAUGACAAAAAACGACUCCAACUCAACAACCACAAAUCCAAGACCAAAACAAAGUCGAGAAAUCAUCACCAAACAGCCAAUCGAAUCGGAAAAAGUCGUUCCCGCUGUUUUCUUCGGUUUAUGUUGUUGUCCGAAUGCUGAUCUCAACAAUGCGCACUCCUACUGUCCUCUAUGCGAGAAACCUUUCAAAAAUGGUUGGUGGACGUGUGUUGAGAGAAAGCUCGAAUCACGCAUUCGACCACUUCACAACGAGAUUUUCUUCAAGGGAAUCCGCUUUGUAGCGACGAAAUCAGUGUUUCGAAUAGAACAGCUAACCGAUCACUGUGGCUUGCUUCGACGGAUUUUCCCGAGAACCGCCGAGAAUGUCUCAAGAAUUCAUCUACCACGAGAUUUCGUUACGAAAACCGACUACAUGCCACCAGAAUCCGAGCUGAAU